AGUAAACGCACUUCUCUCUCUCAUAGGCACACACGCUGUCUCUUGUAUCCCUUUCUAUUUUUCUCUCUCUUUUUUCCUAAUCUAAUCAAUACAAAUUCAAGGGUUUUUGAUUCAUUGCUAUACCAAUCCUCCUAUUUUCUCCAUUUUCCUUCACAUUCAGAGAAGGAAAAUUAAAAAAAAAAAGAAUUCUUGGAGCUAAACCACUAUCAUCCCUUUAUUUGUUCUUUGAAAAGAUUAUCUUUUUAGCCUUUUUAAUGCAUACUCAUAUAGUUUUAUGAGGAUUUGAAGAUCAAGAAUCUGCAAAUUCCUUGUUUUGUUAUCAUUUGGGAACUGGGUUUUUGUGGGUCAUGAAGAUAAUGCAUUAAAUCUUGAAAUUUUCUUAUAAAGAUUUGACCUUUUUGAGGAUUUUGUUGAAAUGGGGUUGUUGGUUCUGCAUUGGAAUCAUCUGAUUUUGAGGUUCUUUAAGUAAAAGUCUUUAGCAGGAAUCUUUUGUUGUUUGUGUAUUUGGACAAAUGGAUACAAAAAAUAAUAAAGAUACUGUGGAAGCUCUUCCAAAACCUGUAUUGAAUGGGGAAAAAGAUGAGGACGAUGAGUCUAAAGCAUUGUUGCCUUCUAGGAAAGGUGGAUUGUCAAAAAAGACAGCUAAGCCAAAGAGAAAAGUUCAGUGGAAUGAUACAAAUGGGAAUAAACUUACUGAGGUCUUGGAAUUUCAGCCAAGUGAUGCCAGUGACUCGGAUGAGGAUGAAUCAGAUUCUUGCAUUUGUAGAAUAAUGUAGUUUAUGAAUCAAAAAUGUUGAAUCUCCUUUGAUUCACAUCUUAUAGCAUACUAAUAACAGCAGUUUUUAAGAGAUUCGAUUGUCUCUAGUUUUGGUUCAAGUUAUCUGGCACCUCCAGUCAAAUGAAACGACCCUUUCCUUUUACAAUGUAUAUGAGUGCUUCGGGUUUUAGUAGAUAACAUACAGAACCCUCUGGGUUUUCUUUUGCUUAAUUAUAAUGUAUAUGAGUGCUGAGCCUUGCAUAUGAUGACUCUGUUGUAGCAAGAAUGAUUUUGUUAUCUUU